AUGGAGCAUCCGACCCCGACUUUCAGUAGCGAAAGCAGUGGAAAUGGAAAUGGAACUGGCGAGUCCACGAGGAAAGGCCCCAUCGACGACUCUCGCGGCCGUAAUCGCCAGGAACAAACCGAGCCACGGGAGGAGGGGAAGAAGCCCUCCAAGCUGAAGCAGAUAUGGACAAAAACCGGCCUCGACGUCCCGACGCUCCUGAUGAUGCUCAAGGGCUCGUUGCCCCCGACGAUUGGCAUCGCCAUCUACCAAGCCCCCGACGUCGCCAACCAGUAUCAGACCAUCGGCUACCUCAUCGCCAUCGCCUCCAUCCUCGGUAUGUGCAUCAUGCCCCGCGGGAAAUUCCUCCAGAGCAUGUUGCUCAACAUCAUCGGCAUCGGCAUCGGCGCGAGUGUCAAUCUCCUCGCCCUCUACUGCGGGAUCCAGGCGCGAUUACAUACGACCGCGCCCGGCGCGCCUCCGACGGGUUAUAAUUCCAGUCAAUCCGCCGUCCUGGCCGUCUGGCUGUUCGUCCAGACGUACCUGACGAAUGCCCUGCGGGCCCGACUGCCGCAGUUUCAGUUUCCCGUGAUUCUGUAUAGCAUCUUUACGAUUGUGUCCCUGACGUACGGGACGCAGUUCCCUUCCAUGACGUACGCGGUCAGUUUCAUGGAGCGGUUGCUGGAGGGGUUCCUGACGGGGUUUGGACUCGCGACGGCGGUGGCGUUGUUCUUCGUCCCGGUCAGUUCGCGGACGGUGGUGUUCAAGGAGAUGAGUGGGUAUCUGAACGUGCUUGGGGGUAUGUUGAAGGGACAGGGUGCUUAUUUGGCUAGUCUGGAAGGGUUUGAUCCGGAGGUGGAGCGGAGGAGGAUGGAAGAGGCGAAGGAUGAGGAGAAGAAGAAGAAGAAGAAGAAGGGAGGGAAGAAGGAUGGAAUGGGAUUCAUGGAGACGAAGGACAGCGUGAAGCUGAAGGGAAUGAUGGAGCAGCUCUACGGACUCCAUACGAAGCUACCGGCAGACAUCAAGUGUGCGAAACGAGAGUUUGCCAUUGGAAAGCUGAGCUCCACGGAUAUUGGAGAGGUCUUCAAGAGGAUGAAACCGAUCAUGAUUCCGGUCAUGGGACUCAACACGGUCAUCGACAUCCUUCGUCGUCGCGCGGAACAGGGAGGCUGGACAGAUGAGCAUCCGGAUGAGCAAGAAGCGAAGACGGAGCAGAGGUCGAUUGAGAAUCUCCAUCAGCUGAUGCACGCUCUGCACGAACCUUUUGCGACGAUGAGUUCCAGCAUCAAUCGCGCCUUCCAGCACGUCCUCAUUACCCUGGAGAUUGAGAAGCGACCGAAGAAAGGCAAGCAAGACGAAGAGAAUCGAGACAACACGGCGCCUGGCUCCGCUGGGUUUGCAGAAGCGUACAAGGAGCAGCUGGACGACUUCUUCGAAAACAAGAAGCGGAAUCUGAGGGACUGGUGCGCGGAGCACGGCAUCCACAUCCCGGACGACUUCUUCGAAUCCGCUUCCGUCCGACCAGAGGAUCUCGAUCUCGCGAAUAAGCAUAUCCGGAGACGAUCGCAACGGCAACUCUUCUUCGGACUGUACGUGGAAUUUCUCCUCUGGCGCGCGGGCCAAGCUGCCCUCGAAUUGGUCCUCUACGUCGAUAAGAGGAAAUCAGAAGGCGCUUUUCAGAAGACGAGACUCAUCUUGCCCGGGGUAAAGACUUUGAAGAAAUGGGGCCGAGCAAUCUUUGGGCGGGAAGAUUUGAAUAACGAAGAUCAAUACACUGUCGAUCUGAACAAUGGCGGAAGUAGCUCGCUCUACCUCGGAGAGUCAUUUUCUAGCCGCAAAGACCCGGAACAUCUUCCUCCUCGGAAUGGACUGGAGAAGGUUGGGGAGGUUAUCCGUCUCAUUCCUCGUGCUCUCAGGAGCGACGCCUCUGCGUUCGGCUUCAGAGUCAGCGCCGCGACGAUGACGAUUGGUAUCAUUUGCUACCUACACGAUACGCAACAAUUCUUCCUGAAGGAGAGACUACUAUGGGCGAUGAUCAUGGUGCCCAUAUCCAUGACGCGAACCGCCGGGCAGAGCACCUUCACCUUCGCACUGCGGAUCUUGGGAACUCUGGUUGCCAUGAUCGGAUCUUAUAUCAUAUGGUACAUUGUCGACGGAAAGACCCCGGGCGUCAUCGUCUUCCUCUGGCUUUGGAUCUUCUGCGCAUACUAUGUGAUUUUGAAGAAGCAGAAACUCAUCAUUGUGGGGAUUUUGGGUGCUGUUACGUCCAUCUUGAUCAUUGGGUAUGAGCUGCAGGUUGACGUGAUUGGCACGGCGGCGGCGACAACGUAAGUUUCGUCAUAUUUCUUACUCCGAUGCGUUCUCUACUGACAUGACUUGCUCUCACUAGCAAUGGACAACCAGCCUACCCGACUUACGCCCUUGCACCCUACCGUCUCGCAACCGUCUGCGGCGGUCUCCUCGUAGCUUACAUCUGGACCAUCUUCCCCUACCCGAUCUCCGAAACGACGGAACUCCGCAAGGACAUCGGCGCGGCCCUCUACCUCCUGGCGAACCUGUACUCCAUCGUGCACGAGACCAUCCGAUCUCGCGUCCAGCAGAUCGACGGCGACGAGAACGUCAAGGGCACGCGGGCCUACCAUCUCAGCAAAGUCCGCAGCCAGGUCUUCCUCAAACUCAUCGGGCUCAUCUCGACGCUCGAGCAGAACUCGGCCUUCUCCAAGGCCCAGAUCCGCGUCGGCGGCCAGUUCCCCCGAGAGGAAUAUGAAGGCCUCAUCGGCUGCCUGCAGCGGCUCGUGCAAUAUACUUCCCUCCUCUCCUACGCUUCCGGGACCUUCUCGACCACGCAUGCAACGCCUUCCUCCGCCGAAUGGAGCCAGGAUUUCCGCCGCCUGCUGGCCUCUUCCAAUGCCACGUCGCAUCGCCUGACGAGUCUCUUGAGUCUGUUGAGCUCCAGCAUGCUGCAUGGAAGGCCCCUCCCGCCGUACUUGGAAAUCCCCCAGCAUGGGAAGUUCGUGGAUCGCUUGAAUGAGAUUGAUCGGGAUAUUCUGAGCGUGAGGCAUGUUGCGGAGCCGGAGUAUAGGUGAGCAUUUUUCUCAUUCAUUUUUCCAGUACGGUACAUUCUUGGGUCCCGAGCUGACGUGUUGCUUGAUUGUGGUUAUGAUAGUGCGUUUGCCGCGACGACCAUUUGCGCCGUCUGUAUCAAUCAGGACAUUGUGAAGAUUACAAAGUGAGUCAUCUCUAAACGUUUUUUUCCCCUUCCUUUCUUUCACAAAUGUGCGAGGAGAUAUCUAGAUCGAUGACUGACAAUGUCGCUUCCGUAAAAUUCAUAGACACGUCAAAACUCUCGUCGGGGAGAUUGAUUUCUCUUUCCAUGCUAUUAGUACGAGCGAUGAGAGCGGCUCGGAUGGUUGUGCUUCUUCUUCGAUUGAUUCGGUGGGGGAGGAGAAGAAGGAGGAUUGA